AUGUCAUUCGGUCUGGAAAGCUGUCCAGAUCUCGUUGUCGAAUGCAUUGUCAAUCUGCUAGACCUGGACGAUAUUUGCAAUCUUCGCCUAAGCUGCAAAUCUCUGGCCGUGAAAUCUUCUCAUUAUCGUUUCAAGACGUUCUUUCGGUCGAAACAUGUCGACGUCACAGCCGAUGCUCUACGGACAUUCGCUCAGGGUACCCAGGCUGGGGGGCUUCGAUCUCUAGUCCAGGAAUUAUACCUCAUAGGUAUUGCCAACGAAACUAGAAACCAAAAAAAACCGAGGACGCGAAACGAUUCGCGAAAUGAGGAAAUAAGGAGGGCGCGGGAAAUAAAUCUACUUAGCCAAGCGUUUAACGGGCUUGCAAAAUACAGCAAGAAUGGAAGUCUUCCGUCGCUCACGCUGAGGGUAGCCAUCGUCCGUAACGAUAAAGAAAGAAUUUUACCUGUCGAUGCAAGACCCUGGCCGCCCAUGCGGAAGAGUGUGUGGCAGUGCACGAUCUACACAUUCGACACGGCUUUACGUGCGUUGGCUGCAAGCAAAUUGCGAAUUGAGAGUCUCAACGUCUUCAACGAUCCGGAUAUGGAGCGAUGCAGCCUGGCCUGCGAGCAACUCAAUAUAAUCGACUGGAAUGAUUCCGGUCUUGCCGAGUCGUUUGCAUCUCUAAGGUCACUAUCAAUAAGCAUCUCCACUCGAGUUUUCAGGUUUCACAAAGACAUACAAGAGGAUGAGCAUGACGAGGGGCAACCCCCAAGAAAGGAUGCAGCCGAGGUACAAGCAGAAGCUGGAGAUGAAAGUAACUUUGUCGGUCUCUCUCGACUCCUCCCGCUGUGUAACCGACUUGAGAACUUCGAAGUACAUUACCUCCAGGUUCCCACGGGUUAUUCGAACUUGAUUGAUCGCUUCUGCUGCGAAAAGAUUCUACAGCGCGUAGUCGAACUGGAUAGGUUGCCCAUCCUGAAGCGUUGCAGACUUCGUGGGAUCUCCGCUAGGGAGGUGGACUUGCUUGAUUUCGUUAAGCGGACAAGAGUCUGCGAGCUGUCUCUGGAGAGUAUGAUUUUACGUACAGGAACGUUUAGGCCGAUUAUCGAUCACUGCACCAGCGAGACGGCAAAUAUGACGAAGCUAUACUUUGAUACCUUAUAUGAGAGGCAUAACCGCGAGGAGAUGAUUUUCUUUGUCGGUGGUGGAAAGUCUAGGAUUGGUUUCCCCUCUGCAAAUGCUACCGAAAGGCUGGAGCGAGAAGGCGAUAGUGUUAGGCAUCCUAUUACUUACUAUAACCCUCCUCUAACGCCGAUGGGGAAUCCUUGGAUACCUGAAUGGAGGAGGUUCCAGCGUACAGAACAUGGCGUAUGA